CAGACAUCCGAUAUUUAAUUCGUUCAAGAACGGUGUUAUUUCAUAAAAGGAGACUAUUAAAGUUGUAGUUAUACCUACAACGAUCUUCGAAAGGUUUACAACGUGAUUUUAUACCUGCAGAGUAACAGGGUAUUAAUGCGGCAAAGAUUUAGGUACAUAUUGAGAAAAUUAUUUUAAAGAAAUAAAAAUAUAAUGUCAAGUUAUAAUCAAAAUCGGUUAUCAUUAUCAAUGUCAAAAAGUUCAAGAUAAAAAUGCUGUCGAUGAAUAUAAAACGUCCAUCAAAUUUUAAACCGAAAAGAGGGCUUUAUUAAAUAGGAGUAGAAAUAUUUUUAAAAUGACAUCUAACGAAGAAAAGUUGCAGAUCGUGAAGAAGCACAUAAGAAAUUAUAAUGAUUUUCCCAAAAAAGGCAUAAUGUUUUGGGACGUAUUUUCUGUACUAAAAGAACCAAAAAUCUUUCAUUUGCUAAAAGAAGUUUUGGUGGAUACCGUAAAAAAAAUCGAUCCUCCAAUAGAAUGCAUAGCAGCACUAGAUGCCAGAGGAUUUCUUUUCGGAUCUUUAUUAUCUUUAGAAUUCAACGUUCCUUUCGUGCCCAUUAGAAAGAAGGGAAAAUUGCCAGGAUGCACUUUCAGGGCGUCUUAUUCUAAAGAAUAUGGAGAGGAUACUCUAGAAGUGCAAAUUGGUUCCAUUAAAAAAGGCCAAAAGUUAUUAAUAAUCGACGAUUUAUUAGCAACUGGAGGCACAUUGGCGUGUUCAUCCCAACUAGCGAAACAAUGUGGAGCAGAAGAUAUAACUUACCUAGUUGUAUUGGAACUGGAGGAUCUCAAAGGAAGAGAACUAAUUUCUGAUCAUAAACUUAUAUCUCUAAUUAAAUUAUAAGCAAAACUGACUGAAUAAAUGUUUUUUAAGGAUCAUUUAAUAAACACAUUCGUGCGAAAUUGACAAUAGAGAUUUUUUGGAUGUUGUGAUAAUGUGAAGCGUAAAAUCUUCAACGUUAUCUUAACGGUAGUGCUAAUUGCGUUAUGCUGUAUGUAAUACGUCAAAAAUACACUUUUUUUCUCUUUCUAAUGUUGGUACACAAUAUGAAACAAAAUUCACCAAAAUGUCUUCUUUUUAAUAUUAUAUAAAAAUAAUCUCUAGGCUUAAUAACUCUGGCAACCGAGACCUCAAAAAUUGAAAAAAGAUUUCGGAAGGAUCAAAAUGUAACGAUAUAAGUUGUUUUUUUGAAAAUUGUUAAUAAUUAUUAGGUUAAAAUGAGUAAAAAAAAAUGUUUUUUAAAGAAAAUAUAUUCAAAUAAAAAUGUAUAUCUUAUAAAAAAUAUAAAAAAUUCUUAACUCGAACAAACACUGCCUCCUGUUGUACUCGAAGUAAAUCUAACCAUUUUUGGACAAAGAAUUUCGCAUCCGCAUUCCUCAGAUGAACGAUGUUUGCACUCUUUAAAAGACGACGAAGAACUUUGAGUUCUUUUCACCACAUCUGAUAAGUUCAAUAAUUGUCUGGACCGUUUACGUUUUUCUUCUUCCGAUA